AUGUUGCGUGUUUUGAACAAGUCCCUCACUGCUCCUAAGGCGAGACUAUUCUCCACGGCCAGAACUGCAUGGCAAGUUUUCAUCACUGAGACGUCCAAGUACUCUGUGACCACGUACUCGCGUCCGGAUGUUGUCUUCGAGAAGGGCCAAGGUGCCCUUCUGUGGGACAUUGAGGGUCGCCAGUACAUCGACUUCACUGCUGGUAUCGCAGUGACAGCUCUGGGGCACUCGCACCCGGAGGUUGCCCGUAUUAUGUACGACCAGGCAUUGACGUUGAUCCACUCUUCAAACUUGUAUCAUAACCUCUGGACCGGUGAGCUGUCGCGUCAAUUGGUUGAGACGACUAAGAAAUCUGGUGGUAUGCACAAUGCAUCCCGUGUGUUUUUGGCUAACAGUGGUACUGAAGCUAACGAGGCUGCUUUGAAGUUCGCUAGAAAGCACGGUAAGACAAUCAGUGAUGAUAAGACGGAGUUCAUCACGUUUGAGUCUUCUUUCCAUGGUCGUUCAAUGGGUGCGUUGUCCGUCACUCCAAACCCAAAGUACCAAUCUCCAUUUGCUCCUUUGAUUCCGGGCAUCCAUGUUGCCAAACCAAACAUCGAGAGUGUCAAGGCAUUGAUCUCUGAUAAGACAUGUGGUGUGAUUAUCGAGCCAAUCCAAGGUGAAGGUGGUGUCCGUCCUAUUCCAGCUGAAUUCCUCGUUGAAUUAAAGGCAUUGACAAAGAAGCAUGGUGCUGUGCUCAUCUACGAUGAGAUCCAGUGUGGAUUGGGUCGUUCAGGUAACCUGUGGGCCCAUGGUAAAUUGCCAAAGGAGGCUCACCCAGAUAUCUUGACAAUGGCCAAGGCCCUUGGUAAUGGAUUCCCAAUAGGUGCUACUAUGAUCACAGAGGACGUUGAAUCUGCUUUGAAAGUGGGUGAUCAUGGAACUACUUAUGGUGGUAACCCACUGGGGGCAAGAAUUGGAAGCUAUGUCUUGAGUCAAGUUUCCAACGAAAAGUUCCUUGAAGAAGUCAAUACUAAGUCCAAGGUUUUCAAGGAGAAACUUAACGCUUUGAAGGAGCAAUUCCCAGAACAAAUCGUCGAGGUUAGAGGUGAAGGUUUGCUGUUGGGUAUUCAGCUCAAGGAUGAUCCAACUCCAGUUGUUCAAGCUGCAAGAGAACGUGGGCUGUUGAUCAUCACAGCUGGUGGUAACACUAUUAGAUUUGUUCCAGCAUUGAACAUUGAGAACAAACUCAUUGAACAAGGCUUGGAUAUUCUCCAGGAGUCACUUUCUUCCGUGUUCAAGAAGUGA